AUGGAUCAGCAUCUCGAAGAGACUCAGAAGUUCAAAGCUGCCAUCACUGAGCAGACAAGAUCCAUGGAAGUGCUCGAGCGAAACAUGCAGACGGUGUCCCGUGAGAUAACCGCCAUCGUGGGCAAGAUAGAGGAGGAGCAGAGCGAGCAGACAACGAGCGAGCGUGUCACUGCCAACAGUCGAAAAAGGAUGAAGAAGAUCCGAGAGGAGAUUGCUGCCAAAGAGGUCGAGACGCAAAAUCUCCUCAAUGAGAUUGCCCGCGUGACCGUGGAUAGCCUCAACACCAAAGCCCACAACCAGAUGCUGAAAGAUCGGCACAAGCAGCUGAGCGAUGAGCUGGCAGACAGAGAGAAGCUCAUUGAGCAGUAUGAGCAAGAGAUUCGAAAGCGACAUCAUCAGAUCGAAAAGAAGCAGUUGUUUGUCGAUCGUUUAAACAGAGAGUAUGAUGAGAAGAGGACCAAGUUGGAGGCAGAGCUUGGAAACGAUGAAGAUGUAGCAGGUCCGCAGGAAGCGAAGCUGAAGCAUAUGUGGACGCUUUCUUUGCACCAUCCUGUGGCCGGCGAUGACGUCAGUACCCACGUACUUGGUCUGCUGCUGACCUCGGUCGAGGACUGGAUUCAGAAGCAGACCCAGCUCUUGUCUAUCUCCAGCGAGACCGACAAGCUGAAGGCCACGCUGAACGAGAACAAGAACAAGAAGAUGGUCUUGGAGCAGAAGAAGCUCAGAAUAGAGGGCCAGCUCUCCAGCCACGAGAAGGAGAUCAAGGAGCUGGACAACAACAUGAAGCAUUUACGUUUCGACAUGGAUCGCAUGAACAGCGCCCUGGUGAAGAACGAAGCCAGAUCCGGCGAGAUUUCCAACACGAACCAGAUGAUGGAGACAGAGUUCGUGCAGAAGCUCAAGGAGAUCGAAACCAGGUGUCUGGACAUGGAGCGGGAUGUCGAGAAGCUGAAGCUGGAGAAGGACCAGAUGAACCAGGAUAUCUUGGAGUCCGAGCGUCAGGUCCUCCUCUGGGAGCGCAAGAUCACGCUGGAAAGGGAGAUGCAGGCGGCGCUGGAUCCCAACGUUGGCCAGUCGGAUGCCGCGGCCAUGAAGAAGGAGAUCCACCGCAUGGAGCUGCGCCUUGAGCAGCUGAAGCGGCGGCAGGAGCAGACAAUUGUCGAGAUGGAGCGAGCCAUCCACAAGCGUGACGCCAUUGCCCUCAAGCUCGAGCCGAAGGCGCAGAAGACCAAGAAAGCGGCUUCUGCUGCCAAUGUCAAGCGGCAGCUGCAAUCCCUGCGGAACAACUUGAAGCUGUGCACGCAGGCGAACUCGGACGCGGAGCAGAAGAUCUCGGACAGGCAGCGGGACUUGGCCGAGCUUCAGCAGACGAUCGAGCAGGCGGCCCAGGAGUACGGCAACUUGGAACAGGCAAGCGAAGCCCUACGUGCCGAAGUCCAGGUCGGACAUGUAGAGAAGCAGCAGAACCUGGCCAGCAUCCUCCAGCUACAGAGGACUGCAAAACGCCUGGACGAGCUAGCGAUGGGAACUGGCCCGCCUCCGCCGGGUAACAUCCAGCAGCAACACGAUGAGCAAGUGCAGCUCCGUGGGAAAGUCGAGGAGAUCGUGAGGGUGCUCGGCGAAUCCUAUCCUCAGCUCGAGAACUUGUGGGCUGCCUUCCACGCAUGGAUGGAAGUCCCAAGCUGA